ACUGGCAGUGCCCACCAGACAUUGGGGACCCCCUGGCAUGACUAGGAGAGCCUAGGUUAUCGGUGCCAUCUGGGCACCGGGGUGAUGGCAGUGCCCUCCAGACAAUAAAGCCGCCCGGGUCUUUACUUCCCCGGGGGUUAUUCAUAGUGCCAGCUAGGCCCUGGGAAUGGUACCCGGGAGCAAGGCCACGCGUCAGGGCAGAACCGCAGGACACCUCCACUUCAGUGUGCCCCAGUCACCCCCCUCCUCCCUGGGGGCAGGAAGCACUAAGGAAGGGUGUGCCAGCCUGAAGGUCCUCCCCCGCGAGAAGGGCACGCUAACAGCCGCGGGCCAGGCUGGUGUGGAGGGGCCAGCUGGGCUCUCCUUCCCUCGGGGCCUCCCCAGCCCGUUGCCCGGCAGCCCGGCGGCCCCGCCCACUGCCUGAAAUUCUUACUGAGGUCACCCUGGGACUGGGGGGGGAGAUGGGUGGUGGAAGGACCGGCGGGGGGAGGAGAAGCAGCUGCUGAAGCCCAACCCUGGUGCUGCCCUGCCCUAGAGCCCUAGCAAGAACUGGCUGCCCAGAGCAUCUUAAACCAGACUUGUAGGCACUUCAUAAGUGCUCAUCAAGUGGACAAUCCUGGGCAUUAAAUAGAAAGCGUGAGUCCGACUCACUACAUUCCCUGAAUCCCUUCUGCGUGCAACGAUCUUUCCUGAGCACACGCAGACCUUGCCGUCAAGGAGCUUCCAGUAGACCAGGAAGAUCACUGCAUGUACAUAGGCAGUCUUCAUCAAUGGCUCCCAAGCGCAAGGCAGCGAGUGAAAGCACUGGAAGCUCCAAGAAGGAGAAAUCAGAGGUGGAGGACAGCUUCCACUCGGCCAAGGAGGCCCUUAAAGCUGCACCCAAGGAGACACGAAAAGCUCGGGUGGAUUCCAUGUGUCCACUCAGCAGCAGGCCUAAUGUCCAGGUGCACGAGGACUAUGACUGUACCCUGAACCAGACCAACAUAGGGAGCAACAACAACAAAUUCUACAUCAUCCAGCUGCUGGAUGAGAACGGCAGCUUCCAUAGCUGGAACCGCUGGGGUCGUGUGGGAGAGAAGGGCCAGUCCAAGCUGCAACGUUUCUCCUCCCUGGACGAAGCUAAGCGAGACUUUGAGAAGAAGUUCUGGGACAAAACCAAGAACCGCUGGGCUGAUCGGGACAGCUUUGUGGCCCAGUCGGGCAAGUAUACGCUCAUUGAAGUGCAGGCCGGUGAUGGUGAAGAGGGCCAGGAAAUUGAGGUCAAGGUGGACAGAGUGGACGGGGCUCAGGCUGUUCGGCAGAAGGUCAAGCCCUGUACCCUGGAUUCAGCCACCCAGGAACUGGUGUCCCUCAUUUUCAGCCAUGACAUGUUCAAUGACGCAAUGAAGACCAUGAACCUUGAUGUUAAGAAGAUGCCCUUGGGAAAGCUGAGCAAGCAACAGAUUGCCAAGGGCUUUGAGGCCUUGGAGGCCCUAGAGGCUGCCCUACAGAAGAGCGCAGAUGCAAAAGAGCUGGAGGAACUGUCCUCCCGCUUCUACACAAUCAUCCCCCAUAACUUUGGCCGAAGCCGGCCCCCGCCCGUCAACUCCCAGGAGGUCCUCCAGGCCAAGAAGGACAUGCUGUUGGUCCUGGCUGACAUUGAGAUGGCGCAGGCCCUGAAGGCUGGACAGGAGGAGGAGCAGCAGAAGGUCAAGGUGGAAGAAGUGCCCCACCCGCUGGACCGUGAUUACGGGCUCCUGAAAUGCCAGCUGCAGCUCCUGGCCACCGACACUCACGAGUACAAGCUGAUUGAAAUCUACCUGAAGAAGACAGGAUGGCCUCAUCUCCGCCUCCUCCACGUCUGGAAAAUCAACCGCGAGGGAGAGGGGGAGCGGUUCCGGGCCCACACGGACCUGGAGAACCGGCGCCUGCUGUGGCACGGCACCAACGUGGCCGUGGUGGCCGCCAUCCUCAAGAGCGGCCUCCGGAUCAUGCCCCACUCGGGCGGGCGCGUGGGCCAGGGCAUCUACUUCGCUUCCGAGAACAGCAAGUCUGCUUGUUACGUGGGCUGCACCUCUCAAAAAAUCGGCCUCAUGUUCCUGAGCGAGGUGGCCCUGGGCCAGGAGCACCGCAUCACGCAGGACGACUGCAGCCUCCGGCAGCCGCCCCCCGGCUUCCACAGCAUCAUCGCCCAGGGCCACACGGAGCCCGACCCCAGCCAGGACGUGGCGCUGGAGCUGGAAGGGCACAAGGUGAUGGUGCCCCAGGGCCCGCCUGUGCCCAUGCCUGACUUCAAAGGGUCCUCGUUCUACCAGAGCGAGUACCUGAUCUACAAGGAGAGCCAGUGCCGGCUCCGCUACCUGCUGCAGCUGCACUUCUGAGCUUCCCGGCCGGGCCCCGGGGCCCUUCUGCCCAGGACCUGGGCAUUUCUUGUAAACACGGCAGGAAGGAAUAAAGUCUUUCCGGCUGA